AUGGCGUCCGAAGCCCCUACCCCCCCACCUAUUCGUUCCCUGCCCCCCUCACCACGCUCCUACCUCCACUCCCCGUCCCCCACUGCCCCCUCCCUCUACCCCACCCCCUCCCCCCACCGUCGCACCCCCCCUGCCUCCCCUUCCCCCACCCCCUACUGCCUCACCCCCACCUUCGAGGAAACUUGGGAAGAGGAAAUGAAAAGGAAGAAAAAGGUGUGUGGCGUAUGUGGUGACGUGGCCCGGUCUCUACACUUCGGGGGCCGCGCGUGUGACUCCUGCAAAGCCUUCUUCAGGAGAGCCGUGACGGGGGGCAACUUCCUGGCCUUUGCGUGCAUUAGAAGAACCGACGGAGGCACAGAAGGAGGAGGAGGAGGAGGAGGAGGAGGGCGAUGUGUUAUUACCUUACAGAACAGAAGGGAUUGCCAGGCUUGUAGGUUCGCGGGGUGUCUCCGCGCCGGCAUGGAGGUGUCCCUGGCCAGCCGCGACGAGGACCCAGGCCUGGCCCACGCCCCAGCGCUGGGCCUCUUCCGCCGCCUAUCCCGCCACGCCCACACCCACGCCAGGACUCUGCACGGCGCCCCCUACCUCGCAGGCUGCUGGCGGCUGCCCUGCGGCGCCGCGGCGGCCCCCGCCCCGCGCCUCAGAGAGGACAGCAGGCGCUCCCCCACGGGCGGCGAGGCGCACCAGCUACCUUCCGCAGUCCGCAUCGCCGCCGCCCCGCCCCACACCGCGGCCUGCGCCCCGCCGCCCUUCCUGCUGGAGUCCUGCAGCCCCCCGCUGGCCCAGGAUCCCGCGGCCCCCCGGCACACGAGCUCCUCCAGCACCCUUCAGCUCCACGCCGCCCUCGGGCUGAGCCACGAGUUGGUUGGUGCUGACGCCCCCCGCGCACCCUCUCCCACGCCCAGCUUCGACCCCGCCCCCAGACACAGGCGGCUGCCGGGACACACGGCGCCGCCCCCCUCCUCUACACUCAGCCCCAUGCUGGGGCACCACGCCCCCUUCACGCGGCCCCCCGCCGUGCUGGCCCCGCAGGAUUUGGCGCCGCCACCCACAAGGGUGCCCCGGUGGCCGGGCGCUGCCCCCACCUGGACGCCCCCCGAGCGCACCAAUACCCGGCGGCCUGAUGCCCUACUGGGAGGCAGGGGCGGCGGUCCUCGCCCCGCCCCGCCACCGGGCGCCGCCCUGCCCCGGGACUCCCUCACCCCCGAGGACCGGGCGGAGCUCCGGCAGCUGGAGGUGUCGUACACGGACAAAGAGGACACAUUGCCCACACUGCAGGACGAGCGCAUGCCCCGCCUGGAGGAGGUGGGGAGGCUGUACACGGCCUUCAUCGAGCGGCGCGCCAAAUUUCUCCAGAGGACGCCGCGCUACGGCACCGUGGCGGCGGCGGACCGGGCGAGGCUGCUGCACGUGGCGGUGGCCAUGAGCACCUACUACAUGGGCGCCCUACACAUCGACAUCUCGGACUUCACCUAUCGCUGGACGCAACGUGACGGCGGCGGCAGCGGCGGCGGGCCGUCCCAGAGCAUCGGAGACAGCGCCUCCAUGAUGUCUGUGAGCGCCGCGCGGCAGUUGCUGACGCACCAGCAGUUCGUGCACGUGAUGAAGUUCUACACGACGUACCGCGAAGUGCUGGACGACCAGACGGUGAGCAUCCUGAUGCAGGUCAUGUCGCUGUUCUACCCUGAGGCCGGGCUGGAGGCGCCGAGCCCCGUGGAGGAGGCGCGCCACCACUACCUGGGGCUGCUGUCCCGCUACCUGGCCACCACCCACGGGCCGCGGGAGGGUGCGCGGCGCCUGGCCACGCUGCUCACCAGCCAGAAGGAGGCGCGCCAGCUGGUGGACGUGCUGCGGACCGUGGACCUGACGCCCCGCGAGCCGCGCCUGGUCCUGGGCACCUCCCGCGCCAUGCUGACUGACCGCAUCCAGCUGGUGUGCGCGGCGGCGCGGCGCGGCCGGCGGACGCGCGACGCUGGCAUUACCACCCCCGUCAGGCCCGCCCAAGGCCCCGUCACGCCACCCUCACACACACAAGGGGUGCACAGUCCACCCGCGCCCGUCCCCCACACACACAGCCCCCUUACGCCCCCGGCACAGCCGCCCGGGGCAGCCGUCGGCCUGGAGGAGGUGGGGCGGCUGUUGUCCCGCCUGGCCAGCUGCGAGGACCCCGCCACCCUGGCCGAGGCGCGCCGCAUCCUGCCGGUGCCGUUGCUGCGCCGCUUCCUGCACCUCCUGCAUGACGCGGCGCCCCCUCGCCGCGCCUCCCACACCACGCCGCCGCCACAGUGCACGCCGCCCUCACCUUCGCCCUCGCCGCCCUCCCCGCACCUGCACAGGGGCGUCACCCACUCCGCCGGGGAGCCCCCGCCGCCCCCGCCACCUGCGCCACAUCACCUGCACGCCCUGCCCGCCGCCGCCCACCCCCCGGAGCUAGCGGCUGAGUGACGGCCAUGGCCCUUGUGGGCCACUGUGGCCCUGUGCUGUGCGGGGGCUGCGGCCCUUCCUGGCUGUGAGACUGGCGUGGCCAUAGGCUGUGUGAACACCGCACCAACUGGCUGCCGCGGCACCAGCUGUGGCCCUCCAUAUCAGCUAUGGCGUAGCUGCUGUGGCCGUGUGUGUCUGCUGUGGCGCCGCGCCAUGUGAAGGCUGUUGCCGUGUGUGGCUGGUGUGGCGCCAUGCCGUGUGAAGGCUGUUGCCGUGUGUGGCUGGUGUGGCGCCAUGCCGUGUGAAGGCUGUUGCCGUGUGUGGCUGGUGUGGCGCCGCGCCAUGUGAAGCCAGUGGCCGUGUGUGGCUGUUGUGGCGCCGCGCCGUGUGAAGGCUGUUGCCGUGUGUGGCUGUUGUGGCGCCGCGCCAUGUGAAGGCAGUGGCUGUUGUGGCGCCGCGCCGUGUGAAGGCUGUUGCCGUGUGUGGCUGCUGUGGCGCCGUGCCGAGUGAAGGCAGUGGCCGUGUGUCCAUGGCUGCCGUUUUCUUCCGUGGCCAUUGUGGCCCGUGCUGUGUGACGGCUGUGGCCCUCCCCUGGCUGCCGCGGCCCGCUGGUGGCCUGGCAUGGCCCAAUACUCGACCUUCGUCCAUUCCCUCAGGAUAAACACGCUGGAAGUUCAAGGAGCGUCCAGGGAAAGGAGUCAACGAAGCAGUGGCGAAAAAUAUAAAUCAAACAAAAAGAGGAAAACGAAAAGAAGCCGGAAAAGGAUAAAAAUAGCGAAGGCAAGUGAAGCACACACCCUGACGAGCGGGAGCUGUGAUGAAGGAGGGUCCGACACCCCAGCCCGAGGAGCGAAGGGAAGGUGACGCGGGUGUUGAUAAGCGGCAACACGUGCGCGCCGCGACGGUGACUGGUGUUGUGCUGCGCCGAGGCAGGUCAAAGUACAAGGCUUACACGUAUAGUACAAGGUCAUGAGCGCCCACCCCCCCCGCCCCCCUACGCCCUGUAUUGCUAGAACUAACCCUACCACACACCCUACCACAAACUCCAACCACACCCUCUCCACUUCCCCUCCCCCCUUCCAAUCUAGUUCUAUCCCCUUCCUUCCCCUUUUUCAACACCCCCCACCACCACCCCAUCCCCAACCUGUCCCUCUCCUUUCCUCUUCCCUAUCUAUCAACUCUCUCACGUGGUCAAUCCCCCCUCCCCUUCCCCAUCCACUAGUUAACCCCCUCCUCCUCUUGGUCAUCUCCCCUCCCCUUCCCCAUCCACUAGUUAACCCCCUCCUCCUCUUGGUCAUCUCCCCUCCCCUUCCCCAUCCACUAGUUAACCCCCCCUUCUCUAGGUCAUCUACCCUCCCCUUCCCUUUCCUCCCUUCCCCUCCCCUCUUGCCUCUCAGUUUACCCAUUCCCUUAUUCCCCUUCCUUCCACAUUCCCUUCCCUUUGACUGUCUCCCUUACCCUCCCCAUUCCCCUUACCUCUUCCCCAUUUAGUUGCUGUCUCCCUUUCUCCUUCUCUUCCUCCCCUUCCCCUUUCUCCUAUCUUUUUCUCCUCUUCCUUCCUCCCUCCUCCUUUAUCUUUAUCUAUGUCUCUCUCUCUCUCUCUCUCUCUCUCUCUCUCUCUCUCUCUCUCUCUCUCUCUCUCUCUCUCUCUCUCUCUCUCUCUCUCUCUCUCUCUCUCUCUCUCUUGUCUCCCUUCCCUUACUUCCCCCUUCCAUUCUAUUUCUCUCCCUCUUCCUCUCCUCUUCCUCUCUCUUCUGUUCUUCCUUACCUCCCCCUUCUAUUCUCCUUCCCUCCCUCUUCCCCUUCCCUUCCAUGACAUCCGUCCCCUCACUUUCACCCAUUCUAACCUUUCCCAUCUCAAUCCCCCUUCCAUCCCUUCCCCUUCAGUUACUAUCCUCCCCUUCCCUCUUUAGCUCCCCACCUCCUCCUCCCCUCUCCCCCUCUCCUCUGCGUUCAACCUUCGCCCUCUCUCACCUCAUGUUGCACUCCGUUCCAUUUUCCUUCCUUAUCUCCCCCUCCCCCCCUCCCCCUCCCUCCCUCUCUUUUGCUCCUCUUCCUUCCUCUCUCCUCCUUUACUCUAUCUAUGUCUCUUCUCUCUUCUCUCUCUCUUCCUCUCCCUCUCCUCUUUCCUCUAUCUCUUUAUCCCCUCGUGUUGGAGAAAAUAAUUAAUAGGUGGUUUUGUGUAGUUAUAAUGAAACACACACACACACACACACACACACACACACACACACACACACACAGAUUCUAGCUAAUUUUCUCAUUUUUACCACUUUUCUACUACUACUACUACUACUACUACUACUACGUAUACUAUUCUAACGAGUCGCAUUCCUUAAUUCAUAUGUUGUUAUUAUUUGCUUAAUCAUCAUCUCCUCCUCCUCCCAUCCGCCAUGCUGUUCCUGGCGCCACAGUGAUUAUCUAUAUUAUGAUUUUUAUUUUAUCUUUCUACUCUCUCUCUCUCUCUCUCUCUCUCUCUCUCUCUCUCUCUCUCUCUCUCUCUCUCUCUCUCUCUCUCUCUCUCUCUCUCUCUCUCUCUCUCUCUCUCUCUCUCUCGUACAACACCCACACACAGACAAAACCACUCCUAAGACAUCAUAAUUUUCGCUCCUCCAGUGUGACGGAGAUGCACACGGAGGCCAUGCGCAGCGAUAGUGUGCCUCCAACUUUACCUUUACUUUUAAUCCCGAUAUAAAAAAGUUUGCUCAAAAUGUACACGUAGAAAUAAUUAGAUGCAUCCUGCUAGUGAAGGAACCGCCGUGUGAGAAAGGCAACGAACACACACACACACACACACACACACACACACACACACAUGCACGGAAACGAUAGCGGACAACACAUCUGAUGGGAAAAUUUAUCUAUACGUUUAUUAUUGUUUAGUUAAGACAUUUAUAUAUUGGUUUGUUUGAUUGUUUGUGUCUCUGAAAGGCGCUGAAUAAGGUUGUUUUGUUUUAGUCUUCCAUAGUGUAUUUUUUUUAUAGAGGGCAGCACUUGUUUACUUAGUGGUUCCAUUUUCUCAACUGUAUUCUCCAACGCUUUCGGUUUUCACAGCAAAUUAUAUCCCAAGGCAAUGAAGAAGAUUAGUCAGGUUCCCACAAGUGUUUUUGACAUUCACGACGCAGAGCCCUUGCCAUACUGUCGCUAGGCUCAUAAAACAUCACAUGGAAAUACUAACACUACCUCUGCGAUUUAAUUAUGUGAUGAGACCAUAUAAUUCAAAGAAAGAUUCGUUUUCUGAGGACAAAAGAAAGAGUUUGUAUACAUCCCUACACGUUGUGGCAGCGUGGACCAUGCGACGCUGUCAAAUAGGAUGGCAAGGACACCGCGACCUACAUUUUUACCUCAUUGGUCGUGUGCAAAGAGUUAAAACAAAAGAGAGAGAGAGAGAGAGAGAGAGAGAGAGAGAGAGAGAGAGAGAGAGAGAUAUGAUGAGAAAAUGUACUGAGAGAGAGAGAGAGAGAGAGAGAGAGAGAGAGAGAGAGAGAGAGAGAGAGAGAGAGAGAGAGAGAGAGAGAGAUAGGUGAAGUGUCUGCACAGCUGCUUGAAUCAGUCAUGCACGCACAGAGUGACUUGAUAAAAUGGAAAACCUAUAAUUAACUCCACACAGGAGGAUCGAUAAGUACAAGUGUCGCCCUCUAGAACUCUUGCCUAAAACCAGAGCCAUGGGAUAGGAGAGCCUGGCCGCCACCAUCACAGGGGCCAUGUUGUUACCGAGUUUUUUUUUUUUUUUUUUUUUUUUUUUUUUUACAACAAAGGAGACAGUUCAAGGGCACACAAAAAAGUAAACACUAAUAAAAAAAAAAAGCCCGCAACUCGCUGCUCACAAAAAGAAUCCAAAGAGGUGGCCGAAAGAGAGGUCAAUUUCGGGAGGAGAGGUGUCCAGAUACCCUUCUCUUGAAAGAGUUCAAGUCGUAGGCAGGACAUGCGGCAUUCAAAUUGAUGCUAUGAUUGUUUUUUUUUUUUUUUUGUGUGUGUGUGCUUUAGGUAUCGUCAGGAUCUCGAAGAAGUACAUAGACCAUAAAAAAAACUAUUAUAUCAUCAUCAAUUUGAAUUUCGCGCGGCGCAUUUGUUAACACUAUGACGCCUGUGAUUAAGGUUGCCAAACUCUCCAAUUCUACAACUCUACUUUGAGAGAAUUCACCAUUUUAAAACUAACAAAAGUAUCUCCAAUAAUCUUUUUUUGUGUUUAUUUGUUUGUUUUAUUUUGCAAGUCCGUGUGAAAAAAAAAGAUUGGAUUGUGUUGUUGUUGUUGUUUUUCUUGACAACUUUGAGAGAAUUCACCAUUUUAAAACUACCAGAAAUAUCUCCAAUAAUCUUCUUUUUUUGUGUGUUUAUUUGUUUUUGUUUUAUUUUGCAAGUCCGUGUGAAAAACAACAACGAUUGGAUUGUGUUGUUGUUGUUGUUGUUUUUCUUGACAAUUUUGCAAGCUGUAGUGGUGGGCUUCUGGCGCUCCGCAUUACAGUUUGCAAAUGAAGGCGUUGGUUUAAACUUAAAGAAAGGCACCCAUUAGUAUAUUGUAAGUUUGAUCUUUUAAUUAACUCAUACAGUAGGAGGAGGAGGAGACGAAGUUGUUGCGUGAUUAGCACUAAUUUUCGUUAUAUUUAAUCGUCAUAAUCAUCACAUCAUUAUCAUUAUUAUUAUGUUUAUGUCAUUUCUGUUGUUAAUCUUUUAAUUAUUACGGUAACAGCUUUUAGUUCUUAUCUAAUCAUCCGUUUUUAGUUCUUAUUUCAUAAUAAUUACUACAUCAUUACUCUUAUCAUUAUCUUCAUGUUUAGAGCCUCUCCUUUUUUUUUUAAUCUAUUAUGUUUUAACUUCUUUUUUGCUGUGUGCGUGUGUGUGUGUGUGUGUGUGUGUGUGUGUGUGUGUGUGUGUGUGUGUGUGUUAUCUAUCUUUUAUCAUGUUUAGCUCUUGUGCUCUUUCCAUCUAAUUCAUCUUACCUCCUUUUUUAGGCUUUAUUUAUUUUUUAUCAGUUUUAUCAACAUUUACUUCUCUAUAGGAUGGAUAUUAAAGCAAUGUCAUUACGGCUUCCUACGAUUCACGAACCAUUUUCAAACAUGUAUUUCUCUCACCAUCAACUCAUUCAUUCACUGUCAUCAUCAUCAGCAUCAUCAACACCAUCAUCAGUAGGAGUAAUUUAAUUUUGUAUCGUUCAAGGCCUAAAGAGUUGACAGGUUCUUCGUCCGGCUUGGGUUUUGGCUUGAUAUAGAAACGUGAAUUAGAAAGCCUUAUAAGCAUUGUAUUGGUAAAAAUUCUUACUUAUCAGUCUCCAUCCAUCGAAACUAUUAUUACAAUUCAAAAAAUGCAGUUGACGCUAUCCCUGAUCUUUGAAAUAUUUGUAUAAUAGUAAAAAUGAAUAGUUGUCAACGUCUAUAUUUAUCGAAAUGUCAUUAUAAUAGUAAAAAUCCAAUGUUAGCAUUGUCACUAUCCGUCAAAAUGUGAAUAUAAUGGUAAAAAUGCAGUUAUCAUUGUCCAUAUACGUUGAAAUUUGAUUAUAAUAGUAAAUAUGCAUGCUUAUCAUUAUUCUUAUCCGUCAAAACACUUAUAUUAUGGUAAAAAUACAUUGAUAUCAUUGCCCCUAUCUGUCAAGAUGUUAAAAUAGGGAGCUACACGCUUUGAUAAUUCAGUUUCCUCUUAUAAUUGCAAUGUUUUCUAAUAUAAUGGUUCAGCCCCCCUUAAAAUUGCAAGGUUAUGACGUCACGUGCGUUCAUCCCCCAAGCCGGCCGGAGCCCCAUCCUUUCAGGCCUUGUUCCCGCCCUGAGCUGUGUCGUAUACGAUAUUGUGGAACUUGAUACCAAUGAGAUGGCGCCCAACCCUUCUUCGAGAGUAUGAAGUGUAGACUAUAGACGAUUUAAGUAUAAGGUCAAAGAAAGUAUGUGUAGUUUUUAUAGACCGUAACCCUAUUUAUGUACGUUAAGUAUUUUUGUAUGUUAUUAUUAUUAUUGUGUUUAGUGUUUAGUGUAUCGACGAGUAGUUUAAUUAAAGAUGAGGUUAGAUGUUCACAGGUGUAGCUUUUUUUAUGUUAUUUAUGUUAGAGUUGAAUAAUAUUGUGAUACCUGGUGAUGAUGAGAUGUUUUUAAUAACUUGUUUGUAAUAGUAAUUUUAAUAAUGCCAUUAAUGCUAUUCAUGAUAAAUAAUACGUAAUGAAUGAUAAAGGUUUUGGAUAUGA